GAUGGGGUUUCUUUAUUCCGGAUAUUUCUGGCAUUGGAGACUGUUUGCUAGUGGGGAGACUCCAGCUCCGGCAGACAGUUGGGGAGCCGCAAAGUAAAAUGGACAGUGACAGACGUUCCAGCCUCCUCUCUGCCGCCCAGAGAUCCCAGGGCUGCUUUCAGGCCAACUCCAGUUUUCCAGCUGGAGUCUCUGAGCGCGCCGGACUGCUCGAGCCCUGGAAGCUCCUAAAAUCUGCUCCUUCGAGAUACCUUCGCCAGAGAAGUGAGAACUUCCCGCGUGAGUCCCUGCAUCCCUCCCCCUAAAACUUCCCCGGAGAGGGUGGAAGACCCCAAGAGGAGGGGCCAGGGGGAUCCUCCUGCAGCUUUUUCUUUCCUCCCCCUCCCCUCGCCAGGCGCGCAGGCAUGGAUGUGCUCAGCCCUGGCCAGGGAAACAACACUACAGCGUCCCAGGGUCCCCUUGGGACAGGUGGCAACGCUACUGGAAUCUCCGACGUGACCUUCAGCUACCAGGUAAUCACCUCUCUGCUGCUGGGGACGCUGAUCUUCUGCGCAGUACUGGGCAAUGCGUGCGUGGUGGCGGCCAUAGCCCUGGAGCGCUCCCUGCAGAACGUGGCCAACUAUCUCAUCGGCUCGUUGGCGGUCACUGACCUCAUGGUGUCAGUGCUGGUGCUGCCCAUGGCCGCGCUGUACCAGGUGCUCAACAAGUGGACUCUGGGCCAAGUCACCUGCGACCUGUUUAUCGCCCUCGACGUGCUGUGCUGCACCUCGUCCAUCCUGCACCUGUGCGCCAUCGCGCUGGACAGGUACUGGGCCAUCACCGACCCCAUCGACUACGUGAACAAGAGGACGCCCCGGCGCGCCGCUGCGCUCAUCUCGCUCACUUGGCUCAUUGGCUUUCUCAUCUCCAUCCCGCCCAUGCUGGGCUGGCGCACCCCGGAAGACCGCUCCGACCCCGACGCGUGCACCAUCAGCAAGGACCACGGCUACACUAUCUACUCCACUUUCGGAGCUUUCUAUAUCCCGCUGCUACUCAUGCUGGUUCUCUACGGGCGCAUAUUCCGAGCUGCGCGCUUCCGCAUCCGCAAGACUGUCAAAAAGGUGGAGAAGAGCAGAGCCGACAACCGCCUGGGAGCAUCGCAGACCCCGCAGCCCACCAAGAGCGCGAAUGGAGAGCCCGGCACCAGGGACUGGAGGCGGGGCGUGGAGAACAAGGCGGGGGGUGCUCAGUGCGCCAAUGGUGCAGUAAGGCAAGGCGACGAUGGCGCCGCCCUGGAGGUGAUCGAGGUGCACCGGGUGGGCAACUCCAAAGAGCACCUGCCGCUGCCCAGCGAGGCGGGGGCUGCCCCGUGUGCGCCCUCCUCCUUCGAGAGGAAGAAUGAGCGCAACGCUGAGGCGAAGCGCAAGAUGGCUCUGGCUCGCGAGAGAAAGACAGUGAAGACGCUGGGCAUCAUCAUGGGGACCUUCAUCCUCUGCUGGCUGCCCUUCUUCAUCGUGGCCCUGGUCCUGCCCUUCUGCGAAAGCAGCUGCCACAUGCCCACCCUGUUGGGCGCCAUAAUCAACUGGCUGGGCUACUCCAACUCUCUGCUCAACCCUGUCAUUUAUGCCUACUUCAACAAGGACUUUCAAAACGCCUUUAAAAAGAUUAUUAAGUGUAAGUUCUGCCGCCGAUGAUGAUGGAGCCCGCGAGCAGGGGCUGCAGGACUUGCCUGCGCCCCAUUCACUCUGCCUCCCUCAGCCCUCUGGAUCAACACCUAAGAUA